CUUUCCUUCAUGAAAACGGAACAGCACAGGGACCUGGAAGAUUGAAGCUUUCAAAACCAAAAUUUAUGAACAAAUGUCUAAUUUGAUUGGCAAAAUUGCAGAAUUUCAAUUCCAGGGAGAAAACCCGGAAGAGGGAAUGGGAAAGAAUCUUUCUUUAUGAAAAGGGUGUAAUUAUUUUCUUGGUCAAUCCAAAAUUUUCAUUGGGAAAGAGAGGGAUCCAAUCUGGGAUUUGCAAUGAACAGCAAGGGUAAAUCGACGACAUCGACAAAACCCUCAAGUACGGUUCUUCCUUACCAGACCCAAAAACUGAGAGACCACUUUUUGUUGGGGAAGAAGCUUGGUCAGGGCCAAUUUGGCGUCACCCAUCUGUGUUCCGAGAAGGCCACGGGUAAUCUUUAUGCGUGCAAAUCCAUCCCAAAGAGGAAGCUGCUGUGCCGCGAGGAUUAUGAGGAUGUGUGGAGGGAGAUUCAGAUCAUGCAUCAUUUAUCAGAGCAUGCAAAUAUCGUUAGGAUCAAGAGUACGUAUGAGGACUCUGUGUUUGUGCACCUGGUGAUGGAGCUGUGUGCGGGCGGGGAGCUUUUUGAUAGGAUUGUGGCUAAGGGGCAUCUUAGUGAGAGAGAGGCUGCUAAGCACAUCAAGACAAUUGUUGGUGUCGUGGAGGCAUGCCACUCUCUUGGUGUCAUGCAUAGGGAUCUCAAGCCUGAGAACUUCUUGUUUGAUCGUCCUGGUGAGGAUGCACAGCUCAAGGCUAUAGAUUUCGGCCUCUCUGUGUUCUAUAAACCAGAACAAUUUUUUAAUGAUGUUGUGGGGAGUGCUUAUUAUGUUGCACCUGAGGUCUUGCGCAAGCGGUAUGGACCUGAAGUAGAUAUAUGGAGUGCUGGUGUAAUCCUUUACAUCUUGUUAAGUGGGGUUCCACCAUUUUGGGCUGAAACUGACGCCGGAAUCUUCAAACAGAUUUUGCUUGGAAAACUAGAUCUUGAAUCUGAUCCAUGGCCCAGUAUCUCAGACAGUGCAAAGGAUUUGAUAUUUAAAAUGCUUGAGAGGGACCCAAGGAAAAGAAUUUCUGUUCAUGAAGUGCUAUGUCACCCAUGGAUUGUGGAUGAUAGAGUUGCCCUGGACAAGGCUCUGGAUUCUGCUGUAUUGUCACGUUUGAAGCAAUUCUCAGCAAUGAACAAACUUAAAAAGAUGGCUUUGCGUGUCAUUGCAGAAAGACUUUCGGAGGAAGAAAUUGGUGGUUUGAAGGAGUUGUUCAAAAUGAUUGACACAGACAACAGUGGAUCCAUAACGUUUCAGGAACUAAAAGAUGGUUUAAAAAAAGUUGGCUCUGAACUAAUGGAAUCAGAAAUCAAGUCACUAAUGGAUGCAGCCGAUAUAGACAAUAGUGGAACAAUUGACUAUGGUGAAUUUCUUGCUGCCACUCUGCAUUUAAAUAAGAUGGAGAGAGAGGAGAAUUUGAUCGCAGCCUUCACCUUUUUUGACAAAGAUGGUAGUGGUUAUAUCACCAUAGAUGAGCUUCAACAGGCUUGCAAAGAUUUCGGUAUGGAUGAUGUUCAGCUGGAUGAGAUGAUGAAGGAAAUCGAUCAGGACAAUGAUGGACGGAUAGAUUAUGGCGAGUUUGCUGCAAUGAUGAAGCGUGACUCGGAAGUUGGAAGGAGCAGAACAAUGAGAGGCAACCUGAACUUCAGUUUAUCUGAGGCACUUGGAGUGAAGGACCAGUAGACCCCGAUAUUGAUAACUAAAAUCUUUUGUAUGGUUUGAGAAGACUCAAGGUGCCAUUCGGAUUGUGGCCAUAUAAUGUUUUUAUAUAUAUGUGUUAAAGUAGGUUUUUUUUUAGACUACUUCUUUUAAAAUUGAUAAAAAAAUCAUAAUAGAUUUA